UCGAAGCUCGAACCAGAGACAGAGAUGUUACUGUCGUCUCGCUUUGCACUUUGCAGUCCGCACUAGGGUUUUGUAUCGGCGCUUCGGAAGAUAGGGUUUCGAACAUUCGGUUAGUCAAUGGCACUGCAGUGGAGAUCGAAAUGUAGAACUUUACGAAACCCUAGUGUCGUCCAACGAUUUUCGUCCUCUUCGUCGUCUCCUCCAGAAUCUAAUGAUGGGGAAGACAAGAAGGAAUCCUCAUCUCCAUCGACUCCUUCAUUCUCUUCGUACUUCAGUGACGUUAAAGCCAGUCUAAAACAGUCUUCAGCUCCUCGAAGGGUUUCUCUCUCUUCUUCAAAGGAAACUCCUCCAUUCACUUCUCAGAAAUCUUCGAAGAUCGCUUCUCUGGAAGAAAUCCGCAAAAACCUCGCUGAAUAUCGUCUCAGAUCAGCUGCUCCUCCGCCCAACGAGAAGCCUUCUUCCUCACCUUCUCAAGCUAUCUCAUUUCAGGACCUCUACAAGAGAAAUGUGAUUGAAAAGAGCGAAGGAGGGAACGAUGGAGCCGGAAGUGGCAAGGGUGGAAAACCCUCUUUCGAUGCUAUCCGGGAGAGCUUAAGGCAGCUUCGAGCUUCAACCGGAAGCCAACCUGCGAGUGAUCGAUUUGGAGGAACGGGCGGUAGAGCAAGCAAGACCAUGAGGGACCCUCUGUCUCUUAGCGCUCUCAGAAGUAGUCUCAAGCUGCAGCCGCAAGAUCCUUCUUUGGCUUCGUCCGUUGUUAUUGGAGGAUCAGAGCCACUCCCUACGUCUGUUUUUGGAAAAGAAUGGAGAACGAAGGAGGCAGAAUCUCCAUCGCUGAAGACAGAGUUCGUGAAGAUGUAUAGUUACGGUGAGCUAGGGGAGAAGCUUCGUAAACUUCGUCCUGCUGAUACUAAUGUCAGUAAAAACUGGUUUUCUCUUGGGGAGUUAAAUGAGAGACUGAUUAAACUGAGAGAGAUUGAAGAGAAAGAGACAGAAUCGAAGAUUGGGGGAGUUUCGUUUAAAGACCUACGGGAGAGCUUAGUGCGGUUGCGGAUAUCAGAUGAGGAUAAGAUGAAGAGAUCGUCGACACACAGGUUUGAUAUAUUGGGUCAGCUGGGAGGGACUCCAAAUUUUAUGCUUUCACCUCCAAAGGAGCACCUAGUUGAGAAAUAUUUCCACCCGGAUAACAUGUCGUCAGCAGAAAAGCUGAAACUAGAGCUUAAAAAAGUUAGGGAUGACUUUAAAUUGUCAGAAUCCGAUUGUGGAUCUGCACGUGUUCAAGUGGCACAACUCACGACAAAAAUCAAGCAUCUUUCUUCUCUUUUACAUAAAAAGGAUAAGCAUUCUCGCAAGGGUCUUCAAGGAAUGGUCCAGAAAAGAAAGAAGUUGCUCAAGUAUCUCCGAAGAACUGACUGGGAUUCCUACUGCUUUGUUCUCUCUAAGCUUGGACUCAGGGACAACCCAGACUACAAGAACUAGAACUAGCUUCCUAUCCCUAACUUAAGCAGAGAGGAAAAGUUGAAAUUGAGGACCUUCAUUUUUUAAUUAUUUUUUAUUUUUUUCUCUCCCGUGUGGUACUGUCAAGCUUCUUUGCUGUUCAAUCAGAUAUGGCUUCGGAGUAAUCUCA